AUGGGCCCAACUCGCAAAUUACCCCCGCAAUCCACAACGACAACACAGCAAAUGAACCAACCUCCGUCUUCGUCGUCUACCCCACUCACAACCCAGAUACCGGCGGGCGUCAGUCUGGGCAUGUCCCCAGCCUCAAGAUAUAACCACAACAUCAAGGUCCUACGGAGGCGGGACCCAUCGAUUAUGUCAAUAUUCGACCAGUUCAGCUUCGUCUGCCUUUACCAUCAUGAUGGCGAAAAGUGGCUGAAACACGGUUUUGAGGGCACAAUGUUCUUGUUUGAACGAAACACAUAUCCCCCCUAUGGUCUCUACAUUCUCAACCGCGUCGGUUCUGAAGACUAUAUCCAAGCGAUAUAUCCAGAGGACGAGCUGAUUUCCAGUGGUGCUUUCCUCAUCAUCAAAUCCUUUCCCAAAUUUCUAGCCGCCAGGCUACGCGCUAUCCAGCCUACAGCUACCGGCGAGCCGCAUGAUAGAUUCUCAGACGUCUAUGCCGUACCAGGAGUCGAAAAUAUUCCUUCCAAGGAUAAAGGACCUCCAACCGUUAUCAGUCUGUGGAUGCUUGCCGUCUCGUCUCGCGACACCAUGACGCAAACUAUGCAACGAUUGCAUUCGUAUAUCCGACAGAACAAACCAUAUCCAGAGGAACUACGAUAUGGACCGGGAAAACCGCCACCACCCCACAGCCUGCGGGCAGCCACUCGACCGAAAGCUGGGUCCAACUCGGAAUCAGAGUCCCAGCAAACGUCUCAAUCCGACAGCGAAAACGACAUGGGUAAUCACUCCGACGCACCUUCUGCAACAAGCAAUCGACUUUCGGAGAUCGACCUGCUUUUCCAGAACCUCCAAACACCUUCCUUGCCGCCCACACCCUCGCAUAUACACCAACAACCCUACGAACAACAAUCCACGAAUAUCAGUCUCAAUACCUUAUUCGCUUCAGCUUCCAGUCCAUCCUCGGGAGGAUCUUCUCCUUACGCAACCUCGAACACCGGAAAAUCGCUGCUUAAUACUAUCUUUGCUUCUGCUGGAUCACAGCAACAACAGCAGCAGCCAGCGAUAUACGCUCCUCAGCCAUCAACCUCAGCCCCUCAAGUACUCACACAGGAUGUCUUGUCAAACCUUCUUGGGUUGCCGCCCACCCGAACGGCAUCCGCUGCGUCCUCCUUUAGCACCUCGGCAUCGGCUGUCUCACACCCCAGCUCUCGCGAAGGCGACAACGAAGACGAUGGAGAGAGCGAAUCUCCCGGAGGACUAAUGGAUGAGACGCCAGAAAUGAACCAGCGCAGAGGACUUGGCGGACAGGAGUUGCUCCAGACACUCGGACUCGCACCACCUCGAUUAGGCCAGCACGGGAAAAUCAACGGUGACGUCACUCCCCGCGGCCCAUUCAACAAUGCCCUUCAGCGCCCACAGUUCCCCUCAGCUAUCGAGACCGCGUCCUCGAUAUCGACUGUGCGCGCAGACUCGGCAGUAGCGCAGAGCACUCCUGAGACUGGUGGUUCUGAUGGGAAGCCAAGAGCAAACAGGACUCUCGUGCCUUUUGAGCCUGAUUCAGAACUAUGGCCGUAUUCGCGUGCUCCAGUCGAAGAGUCGUCUGCCUCGGAAGCUGGAGAAGAUGGAGAGAUUGUUGAGCUGAGCUUUGAGGAGACGAGUGUGCUGAGCGAUCCGGCUGCAUUCGACAAGGUGUUGAAGAAUAGGAGGAGCGCGGUCAGUCUGCGAGGGCAAGCCAACGGGCACGGCACUGCUACGUAUCAGAACGGGCACGCGGGCUACGGUGGUGUGGACGAGAGUCCAAAGGGACGCAAGUCAAAGAAAAGCAGGAAGGAGCAGAGAGACGCCAAGGCUAAGGAGGAGUUAGAGAGGAGUUGGGACUUGCCUAUGCCGUCGCCUGCUACGAAUAGGGCGAUAUCUCAUCAGGAUCUCAUGAACCUCCCACCUGCCUCGCCAUCUCCGUGCCCGUCGCCUGAGAACCAGAACUACUCGCAGCACCAACAGAGUAUACCGGAGAUGAAGACGCCUACGAUGAACGCCAAUGUGUUGCUGGGACACGCGAAUGGCCAUGGCUAUAAUAGCAACAUUGCUUCGCCCAACAAGGGCAAAGGCAAGGCCGUGCCUAAUGGACGUGCGAAAGCAAACGGACAUGCAACCCAAGUGGAUGCAGAGGCCGUGAGCGGGAGUCUGCUUGCGGCCGUGGAAGCGCAGCCGAAUCCUAUUGGGAAGAUGGAAAGGAACGAAUUUGUGAAGGAAGUGUUGACUCUCAUACACACUGACAAAUCGUUUGUUGACACUCUCUGGCAAGAGUAUAUGGCACGUCGUGUUUAG